CGGCUGCCGUCGGUCCCGCUGCCUCCCGGGGGGGCGUCCCGCCGGCGGGUCCCGGGGCAGAUCCCCCCAUGGGGAGCGCGGGGGCUGUCCCGCGGGCGCUGCGGGCCGUCACCGGGUGCGUGCUGGGCGCGCUGGUGCUGGGCACGCUGGUGGGCAACGCGCUGGUGUGCCUGGCCGUGCUGCGCUCCCCACACCUCCGCGCCAAGGUCACCAACUGGUUCGUGCUGUCGCUGGCCGUCUCAGACCUCUGCGUGGCCCUCCUGGUGAUGCCCUGGAAGGCGGUGACGGAGGUGGCCGGUGGCUCCUGGCUCUUCGGCAGCCGCUUUUGUGACACCUGGGUGGCCUUCGACAUCAUGUGCUCCACCGCCUCCAUCCUCCACCUCUGCAUCAUCAGCCUGGACCGGUACUGGGCCAUCGCCAGCCCCUUCCGCUACCAGCGCAGGAUGACGCGGCGCCUCGCCUGCUCCAUGAUAGCCCUGGCCUGGGCCCUCUCCAUCCUCAUCUCCUUCCUCCCAGUGCAGCUACGCUGGCACAAAGCCACGGAUGUGAGCUAUCCAGGCUCCUGGCUGCCCGGAACCCCCCGCUGCGACGUCAGCCUCAACCGCACCUACGCCGUCACCUCCUCCCUCGUCAGCUUCUACAUCCCCGUGGCCAUCAUGAUCAUCACCUACACCAGGAUCUACCGAAUCGCCCAGGCCCAGAUCCACCGCAUCUCCACCCUGGAGCGAGCAGGGGGCCAGUGGCCAUCUCAGGGCAAGGAGCCCACCUCCUCUUUGAGGAGCUCCCUGCGCAAGGAGACCAAGGUGCUGCAGACCCUCUCUAUCAUAAUGGGAGUCUUCGUGUGCUGCUGGCUGCCCUUCUUCCUGCUCAACUGCCUGCUGCCCUUCUGCCAGCCCAGGCUGGAGAGUGACCGUGAAGGACACUCACCCUGUGUCGGCCAAACCACCUUCAACAUCUUUGUGUGGUUUGGCUGGGCCAACUCCUCGGUGAACCCGGUGAUCUACGCUUUCAACGCAGAGUUCAGGCGGGCUUUCGGCAACCUGCUGGGCUGCCGGCGCUGCUGCUGCGGAGCCCCCCGAGCCGCCGUGGAGAGGGUCAACUUCAGCAACGAGCUGGUUUCCUACCACCGUGACACCACCUGCCAGAAGGAAGGGGCUGCCCCCUCCUCGGUGCCCCCCGCUGCCAUCACCGCCUGGGAGCAGCCCGGACACCUGCGGGGAGAGGACAGCGGCGAGGAGAUGCCCGUGGAGAAGAUACUGGUGGCUUCCCAGGCACAGGCUGACCCCGGCAGCAGCCCCAGGAGCCCACAGUUUCACAUCAUACACGUGCAUAGUUCUGGCCUUCAAGCUCUGUGUUUGCAUUUACUUCUGGGUUUAUUUCAAAGCCAUCUGUCUGGAUUUGCACCUCUGAAUCUGCGUUUAGGCUCUUCAAUAAAAAUGGCUCCAUUAUAACAUCGCUAUAUUUCGUGGAGUCAAAAGGCUGCUCAGAACUGUGGAAAAUCCAGUUGCUUUUAUGUCGCACCCCACACACAGUUCCAGGUGCUAAACUUUGCCAUCCAGGCCUAACGGUACCGGGCGAGGGUCUUCCUCAUCAUAAAACGUUAGAAAACGUGGUAUUCUUCCCAUCCUUCCACAAAGCUGGUCCUCAAAACAAGGAGUUACCAGUCCCCUCCCUGGACCCGUUUGGUGGCUGGUGGGUGGCAGAGGGGAGGAGCAGCAAAAGGCAGAGCAGAGGGACGGCAGGAGAGAAAACCCUGGGGGAA